AUGGCGUCCCUGAUGAGCAGCAGCCGGGCCUUCAGCACGCAGCGGCCUCGCAUGACGUCGCGGCGGAACACGCUGGUUAUCACCAACGCAGCGAAGGUGACCGGUAAAAUCAAGCUGGAGCUGCAGGCGGGCAAGGCCAACCCCGCGCCGCCGGUCGGCCCUGCGCUCGGUUCCAAGGGUGUGAACAUCAUGGCUUUCUGCAAGGAGUACAACGCGGCGACCGCCAAGAUGGCCGGUGAUGUCAUCCCAGUGGAGAUCACCGUCUACGAGGACCGGUCGUUCACUUUCAUCUUGAAGACCCCCCCGGCGGCCAUCCUCCUGAAGAAGGCGGCAGGCAUCCAGAGCGGCAGCGGCAAGCCCAACGCGGAGAAGGUCGGCCAGGUGACCCGCGCGCAGGUGGAGGAGAUCGCCAAGAAGAAGCUUCCCGACACCAACGCCACCAAGGUGGACUCUGUCAUGCGCAUGGUGGAGGGCACCGCGCGCAACAUGGGGCUGACCGUCGUGGACUGA